AUGUUCAAUGUUCCUGGACUAUUAUUCCACUUGCAUCUUUCCUUACCUGGAAGAAAAAUGAACAGACUUGGACCAAUAUUAAUUUUGCUGGGAUUCUUCUGGAAUGCAGCCUCUGCUUCCAUCCAGGUUUACAGCAUCCCUAGCUUGAAUGGUGAUUACAUCCAGCAAACAGUCACCAUAGACAACGAGAAGAAAGUAGCCAUCAUUCACAUCCACGAGGGAGCUUGCUCUUCUGAAACAAUUUUUGACUAUAAGCAUGGAUACAUUGCUAUGCGGAUUUUUUCCCGAUUUGCUUGCUUUGUGAUGAAGAUGGAAAAACACUACUUUCUAGAAAUUGAAGAAAUUGGGCGGUUGGCUUAUGAGUUACAGAUGAUGCGUCGAAUGUUGUCAGGAAAAAACCUGUGGGUGAAAUACGAACCCGCCAAUUCUUUCUUCGGAGAAAUCAAGGAGUGGCUUAUUUUUGGAAAACCCAUCGAGCAGCUCUGCAGGCACAUCCCUGUUUAUACAGUUGAAAGGGUUGAAAAUGCAGUACAUUCCAGUAGUUGCAUGAAGGCUGGCAUCUUAAAUAUUUUUAAUAUUUCCAUUUGUAAAAAUAUCAACAUCUCGUAG